UGAAAAUCUAUUUGAUUAUCAACUAAACUACAAUAACAUCAAUAAAAAUGAUGGACAAAAAAAUGCUGUUAUGGGACUGGUAGCUCACGGUAUGUUAACUAUGUCAAACAAAUGGAGAUUUAUGGCAGCAUUAUUAACAAAAGAUAAUAAUCAAUUUUAUCACUCGUGUGGCGGUUCACUAAUAUCGGACAGUCAUGUACUGACGGCAGCCCAUUGUGUUGUCAAUGCCAGCACCGGUAUCCAAAUGAAUAACAGUGAUAUAGUAGUACGACUGGGACAGUAUGAUUUACGGGUCAAAGGUUACGAUUGUAAAGUCAACAAAAUUGUUAUCUAUCCCGACUAUAAUAAUAAAACCUAUGCCAAUGAUCUGGCAGUUUUGCAUCUCAACAAAAAUGUAGAUUUUCAAGCACAAAUAGAGCCCAUACCAAUGUCCAUGCCUGGCGAUCGCCAUGAGUUUGAAAUAAGCAAACUGGACAACAAUGAGAUCGCAUACAUUGCCGGUUGGGGUAAGACAUCGCCAACCGGUGAGUUUGCCGACGAACUAAUGGACGCCGAACUACAUAUUGUCGACGAUUGGUAUUGUAGACAUGUUUUCGGUAAAAAAUAUGUCGACAACAACAAUGACAACCGGGGAACUGAUCGUAUUGUAUGUGCCAGUGCACCGGUAGCCAGUUUGGAAAUGGAUGAAAAACGUGAUGCCUGUAAGGGUGAUUCAGGCGGACCAUUGAUACAGUACGAUCUGAAUAGUGAACAAUACUAUCUGACCGGGGUGGUUAGCUUUGGCAAACGGUGCGCUACUUAUGGUACGCCCAGUGUCUAUACAAAUGUCAGCUAUUUUGCCAAAUGGAUUACCAGUGUUGUCGACAAUCAUAAUAAUAAUAAUAAU